AUGAGUACUGCUACUGAAUUAGCAUCUACUGGUGAAAUCAGAAAUAGAUCUAAUAAUGAUAAGAACAAAACUGAUGAAGAUUCUUCUACUUCUUCAGUGGUUCAAACUGCUGAAGAUUUAUUAGUGGAAAAAUUGGAUCUUUUCAUUUCAUCAAUAGAAUCAAGAUUAGAUAAUUUUGAACGAUUUUUCAAACUUGAUAAGAAUGCCAAAAAAGAGCAACAACAACAACAACAACAAGGCACCAUUAAUGGUGGUGGUGGUGGUGGUGGAAGACCAUUAGGACGAUCUAGAAGAUCAUCAUCAACUUCAAGUUUACAACUGUUUCGAGAUUUUUCAAUAAAUAAUUUAAAUAUGGUUUAUGAACGAUUAGGAAUAAUUAAGAAAUCAGUGUUAUCCAAUUCAUUCAAUAAUUUAGAAUAUUUAUCUAAAGUACUUGCUGAUCAAUAUAAUUAUUUAUUUUCUAGUCUGGCCAUCGAUAGUGAUAGUGAUAGUGAAGAAGAAAACAAUCAAAAUGACAAUAAUGGAACCAACAACAAUAACAACAAUAACAAUAACAGUAUAAAUAUUGGUCAAUUUAAAGAAGAAUUUACAAAUUUAGGAAUGAAAUCUUUAAAUAAACGAGAAAUCUUAUCACAAAAGAUCAUUACUACCAUACAAUAUUUUGAUGAAAAAUUAAUUAAAAUUGAUGAUUUUAUUAAAGAAAAUAAACCUUCAGCAACUGAUGAUUAUACUCAUGAUAUUAUAUUUAGUAAGCUUCGUUAUUUUAAUUUUAAUCGUGCUCUUCAAAAUUCCAAUAAUAGAUAUUUACAUUAUUAUGAAUUACCAUUAAUUUGGCGAGAAAAUAAAUAUAUUAUUAAUGGAUAUAGAUUUUCCCUUAGUCAUAUUCUGAUGUUAAAACUGAUAUUUCAUUUUAAUCAUAAUGAAUCAAUGAAUAUUUGGAGUCAUUUAAUUGGUUUAAUAAUUAUUAUUUAUAUAUGUAUUAAUCAUUUCCCUAAUAGUAAUAUUUUCCAACAAAUUACUUGGGGGGAUAAUUUAAUCAUGUAUAUGUUUCUUUUUGCAGCAAUUAAAUGUUUAAUUAAUUCUUCAUUAUGGCAUACUUUUUCUUGUUUUGCUCAUUAUCCAACAAGACAAACAUUUGCUUGUGUUGAUUAUACUGGUAUUACAGUUUUAAUUACAUGUUCAAUUAUUAGUGUUGAAUAUUGUAGUUUAUAUAAUUAUCCUAAAUUAUUAAUGGGGUAUAUGAUUUUUUCAACAUUAUGUGGAUUAGCAGGAUUUAUUUUUAAUUGGUCAUCAUAUUUUGAUAAACCUGAAUGUCGAUCAAUUAGAAUUGGAUUUUUCCUUGGAUUAUCAUUUUCAGGAGCUACAGCAAUGAUUUGUAAAUCUUAUUAUGAAGGAAUUAUGAUAACUUUAUCAUUUUUUUCUCCACUUUUAUAUAAAAGUUUUAUAUGGUAUUUAAUUGGUGUUGGAUUUUAUGGUGGAUUAAUUCCAGAAAGAUGGAGAUAUGAUAUAAUAAUUGAAGAAAAUCAUCUUAAUAAUCGUCAUACUUAUAAACCAACUGAUGUUAUAUUAGAAAAAAUGGGUCAUGAUGGUGAAGAUGAAAUGGAAGAAAUUGAAGAAGAAUUUGAAGAAAUUGUUGAUCAACAUAUAUCAGAUAAUACAACAACAACUACUACUACUAGUACUAGUACUAGUACUACUACUACUACUAAUCAUGAUAUUUUUGAUCAUGAUGAAAAAUUUGAAGAAUUGAUUGCUAAACAUUUUAAACCAAAUCCCAUAAACACUCCUUAUGCUAAUAAUUUCUUAUCACUUUGGUGGGUUGAUUAUUUUUUAGCUAGUCAUAAUAUUUGGCAUAUUUGUGUUGUUUUAGGUAUUUUAGGUCAUUAUGUUUGUCUUUUAGAUAUGUUUAGAGGGUUGGAAAAAUUGGUAUAA